AUGGCUAAAGUUCCCGGUCAUAUUGGCAUGCCCAUUAUUGGUGAUCGCAGUUUAGAAUUUGCUAAUGAUUCGUUGAAGUUUGUCAAUAACCACAUCCAAAAAUAUGGUAGAAUAUUCCAGAGUAGAUUACUCAAUCGGCAGACAAUCUUUCUUGCAUCGUAUGAUGCAGUGCAGCAAUUACUAAAUGAUACAAAUGGUACUUAUGAUAUGGAGUAUCGUUAUAAAGCGUUAUGGGGAGAAAAUAUCUUGCAUUAUAACGUAACAUCAGAAUUGAUUACAGAUAAAGAAGCUACUCGAGUCAAAGCUGUACUUGGCAAAUGUCUAGAUCCUGAUCAACUAGCUAGGUUAUGUGGCCCUAUGAUUCAUAAGAUAUUAGAAAAUCUCCUUGGCAGCCUCGAACAUGAGAAAGAAGUACCAUUGUAUACCAAAUUCAAGCAAGUAGCUUCUUAUAUUACCGUUUGUUUAUUUCUUGGAUUGGAUCCUGGAUCAACUCACGAAAUUGAUAGUAUCAUUGAGUUAACAACGGAACAUUGGCACGGCUUGAUUUCUAUUCCUGUAAGCGCAAGUUUUACUGGAUGGUCUACAACAUUUGGCAAAGCAAUUAAAGCGAAGGAUGAGCUAAUAGAUAGGAUUGAAGAAUUACUGUGUAGAUUUGAUAAAAAUGAAUUCAACCAGACCAUAUCCAAUGCCGGCUUCAAGUCUAGGGAAGAACUGAGAAACCACAUAUUGCUAUUUGUAUCGGCUUUACCUCCUAAAGCUGUAGCAUCGCUCUUAGCUUCCACAUUUAUCGAACUUGGUAAAACUGGACAUGCUCGUUAUGUUGACAUAGCUCGUAAUGAUUUAGAUUUACUAAAUGCUAUCACGACUGAAAUAGAAAGACUUCAUCCGCCAUUUAUUGGAGGUAAAAGGCAAGCUAUUAAGGGUGGUGUCAUAAGUGGAUUUACAAUACCAAAAGGGUGUUCUCUUUUAUAUCUAACUCAUGCAGCUCAUCGUGAUCCAGCUGCUUUUCCCAAUCCCGAUCAAUUUUUACCUGAACGUUGUUCUAACAACCGAAAGAUAUGGACAUUUGGAGGAGGUCGCCGUGCAUGUGUAGGAAGAACGCUGAUGAAAAUGAUGUUACAGGAAACUAUCUCUUAUGUAAUCAAAAAUUACGAUUGGCAAUUCCAGUCCGAUGUUUGCAAUAUAAAAUACAAAACUUUACCAGUUUAUCGACCUGAUAAAGAAUUUUACGUCAAAUUUACACGGCGGGAUAAUCCUUAA